AUGUACAAAUUAAAUAAUUUGACAAAUUUUACGAGUCUAUUGAAAACAAAAUGGGAUGAAAUUCACAACGAAACAGAUAUAUUCCGAUAUAAAAUUGAUGGUGUAGAAGAAAGGAUUGUUGAUGGAAAAUAUUUCCUGCAGUUAAACCCAGACCGGCGUUCUAAAAGACGAACUCCAGAAGAAAUGACCAGUAUUAGUCAACCAUUUGACGAAAAAAAGUUUCAUUUCAACAAAGUUUCUACAAAAGAAAUACUAUUUUCUUUGGAAGGCAGAGAUGGAGACAUACACACUGUAUUGGUGAAUGUGAGUCCUAUAUCCAGGUACCAUUCGUUGCUGUGCCCAUCUGUAAGCAGAUGCCUACCUCAGGUGGUAACUCCUGACAGUUUGAACAUAGUCGUACAGGUCAUGUUCCAAGUUGAAGAUCGAGAUGUAAGAAUUGGAUUUAAUAGCAUUUGCGGUUUUGCAUCUGUCAAUCAUUUGCACUAUCACAUAUUUGUUGAAGAAAAAACUUUGCAUAUAGAAACUGUGAAAUGGCAACACUUCAAAUGGGAAAUGUAUCUCCUGGAUGACGAAUUAUCAGUACCUGCUUUUUGUUUUAAAAUAAAACAAGACUCUUCUGGCCAGACAUUGCAACAAGCUUGGAAAGUUCUGAAAUACUUCUUAGAGAAGUCUAUUGCUCACAAUAUUCUUUUUACCAAAAGAGGUUUGGGUGACGAUGAGUUAUAUUUGAUAGUAUGGCCACGGAGGAAUACUUGUGGUGCGAAACAGUUGUCAGCUUUUAAUGUGGCUAUGUUGGAACUCAGUGGCUGGUUCCCAAUAUAUGAUGAAGAAGACUUUAAGAAUGUUCAAGCCAAAGAUCUUGAGGCAGAAUUAGUGAAAUGGAAAAGAGAUGACUUUAAAAGUAUUUGUGAAAAUAUUAAAUGUAUAUUGUAA